UUGUAGUAUGCAUGGAUGAAAAAGGACAUGGCUUCAGUUAAUAGACAAAAAACUCCAUGGCUAAUAUUCAUGGGACAUAGGCCAAUGUAUACCUCAGAUCAUUCAUCUGCUGACAAAAAUUUUGUUGCAGCUGUGGAGCCAUUGCUAUUAGCCAAUGAGUUUCGUACAAGCAGCGCUUGUGCUUAACGCUUCUCGCCGAUUUCGCUACAUCUUGGACCUGAAGAAAGAAGAAGAAAAGGAGCAAGUGCUGAGAAAGAUUAGAGGGCAUGUUCAAGUCAUCAAAGCAGCGUAUCUUUUCAAGGAGUCUGCAAAAAAAUUGAAUAGUGGUGAGUCAAUCUUCUCGUGAUUAUUUGUGUAUACAAGUAGUAUACUAGUUUCCUUUUCCCAAUUCACAAGAUUUAGGUGCUUUUCCUCUUGGAUUGCUUAUGAAAUUGGGAAAAACUGCCAUGGUCAAGGCUUUUAAGGCAUGUGCCUUUCUCAGGAGAUGUCCUUCACUAACACUGGGUUCUAUGUUGGAGGAGAUUGCUGCUAUUCUUCCUGGCCAUGAAUUUGCUUCUAUUUUGUUGUCAAACAUGGCUUAUGCAGAUGACAACGAAUCUCUUGUUGAAGCUGAGAUGUUUGUUUGGGAUGCUUGCAAGGAUCUGACCUUGAUUAUUUCAAUGGUAGCUGCUACAGCUUCAUUAGUACUGGGGAUAAAAUCUGAGGGUAUUAAGGAAGGAUGGUAUGAUGGUGGAAGCAUUGCUUUUGCAGUUAUUCUUGUUAUUGUUGUUACAGCUAUAAGUGAUUAUAAGCAGUCUCUUCAGUUUCGGGACCUAAAUGAGGAGAAGAGAAACAUUCGUUUGGAGGUAAUUGGAGGAGGUAGAAGAGUUGAGAUCUCAAUCUAGUAUGACGGGGGAGAGCAAUAUUGUUGAAAAGAAUUCUAAGAACCCUAUUCUGCUAUCUGGUUGUAAAGUUGCAGAUGGCAGUGGUGUUAUGCUCUAAUGGCUUCGGGAUCCGAUGAUGCUCUUAAGAGUGUUGGUUUAGUCUUAGCAGGACUUACCAACUGAAUCUGGAACUGUGAUCCCCUAUGUUCACUUGAUGAAACAAGCUCACAAGAUUUUGAGGACAGUUAUAUAGUCUUGUUAUUUGCAUAACUUAGUAUAUUUGAACAAUACAUUGAGUUUAUGUUUUGAAUUAUAGUUGAUGUAUCAACACACUUUGAUGUAUGGUUGUUACUUAUUAUUAUAGUUGAUGAUCAAUA